GACACAGCUGCAGCUGGAGGAGGUCGGCGGAGAGGACGUUUUCUCCCCUGAAAGCCGCACAUUGAGCAGGGAAACUCUCCAUCUGCAGCCUGGCUGACUCAGUUCUGGACGCAGAAACUGUUACAGGACAGAAACCGUUCCCGUCCAGGAAGGACCGUUUCCUAUUUAUUUAUACUGUUUUUACUUUUUCAGAGUCGUGGCCGUGGAUCAGUAGUGGGGAAACAUGAUAAACUGACUGAUUGCUGCCAGCCGCUGAUCUUCAGUUAAAAUGAGUCUUUUCUGGUUCAGUUUGGUGCUGGUUUAUCUUGGUGAGUCCGUCCACACACAGCUGGAAGGAAAGUGUCCAUCCCGGUGUGAUGUGAGUACAUGCCCGAGCCCCAGCUGCCCCAGCGGCUACGUCCCAGACCGCUGCAACUGCUGUCUGGUGUGCGCCCAGGGAGAGGGGGACCCGUGCGGGGGCGGAGACGACCUGCCGUGCGGGGACGGACUGGAAUGCAAACACACAGCCGGGAAGCGGCUCUCCAAGGCCUCCUGUCGUUGCAGGUUCAACCACAGGGUCUGUGGCAGUGACGGGAAGACGUACGGUAACGUGUGCCAGCUGAAGGCCACCAGCAGGAAGGGUCUGCAGCAGGGACUUCCAGGCAUCACCCAAGUCCAGAAGGGACCCUGUGAGACCAGCACAGGUCCUUCUCCUGCCUCCAGUCCUCGUUACAAGUUCAACUUCAUUGCUGACGUAGUGGAGAAAAUUGCUCCUGCUGUGGUCCACAUCGAGCUCUUCCUCAGACAUCCUCUUCUUGAUCGCAACAUCCCUCUGUCCAGUGGAUCGGGAUUUGUAAUGUCAGACAAUGGACUGAUUGUCACCAAUGCCCAUGUAGUGUCCAGUACCACCCCUGUGACAGGCCAACAACAUUUAAAGGUCCAGAUGCAUAAUGGUGACGUAUAUGAAGCCAGCAUCAGAGACAUCGACAAAAAGUCAGACAUUGCCACAAUAAAGAUCAAUCCACAGACCAAGCUGCCUGUACUGUUCCUGGGUCACAGCGCAGACCUAAGGCCAGGGGAGUUUGUGGUUGCCAUCGGGAGCCCCUUUGCCCUCCAGAAUACUGUCACUACUGGGAUCAUCAGCACUGCUCAGAGGGAUGGGAAGGAGCUGGGCCUCCAGGACUCCGACAUGGAUUACAUCCAGACAGACACCAUUAUCAACUAUGGGAACUCAGGAGGACCUCUGGUUAAUUUGGAUGGAGAGGUGAUCGGAAUCAACACUCUGAAAGUUGCAGCGGGAAUCUCGUUUGCCAUUCCAUCUGACAGGAUCACCCGAUUUCUCAAUGACUCGAUUGACAAACACAGCAAAGAUAUAAGGUCAAUGAAGAAGCGGUUUAUUGGAAUCAGGAUGUUGACCAUCACACCAGCGUUAAUUGAAGAGCUAAGACAACAGAACCCAGACUUCCCUAAUGUCACCACUGGAAUUUAUGUCCAUGAGGUUGUUCCUCACUCUCCUGCACAGAAAGGUGGCAUCAGAGAUGGUGACAUAAUUGUGAAACUGAAUGGCAGACCCCUGAUGUCCACGGCCGACUUGCAGGGAGCCCUUCAGGAAGAGACGGCCCUUCUGCUGGAGAUCAGGAGGGACAAUGAUGACUUGCUCUUUAACAUUGAACCAGACAUUAUAAUGCAGUAGACAUCAGAAGCACAGCUUCUAUGUAGAGUUUGACUAAUGAGUCAGCAGAAUCUAUGCACCAUAAGUGCUCAGAUCUAAUACUCUGCUGACUUACUGUUAACCUGGUUGUGCCAGAGAAGAGCACUUGACACAUUCUGCAAAGAUGUUGACCUUUUACAGCUGUGAUUUCCAACUGCUCAAACCAGAGGUGUUGGAACAGAUGAUUACAUGUACACUUUACAGAGCUGCAUAAACCCAAACCACUUAAAUGUCAAAUAAAUACUUGAAUUUUUAAGUAAAAUGAGUCAUGCAACUUCAAUUCCAAAAAAGUCUGGAAAAUAUUAGCUAAUUUUGAAUCUGACGGCAGCAACGCUCUGUGGUUUGUGCACAUGUCUAUAUCUGAGUAAAGAUACUCAACCAACUCAAUGCAGCUGAUCUAGAACCAGAAACUGAGUGUGUUUCCUCAAACUCUUAGUUUUUUUCAUUCAACCUUACCUCAGUAGAUUUUACUGGAAUAUCAGCUGUUGAGGCGAGUUGCUGCGGAAAUGGAGGAUGUGAAAUGUUUCCGUGGUGAUGAGCAGUGAUGUUGUCUUUAACAGGCAGUAGUCUGAAUGUUGGAGUUGAUCUUUCACAACUGAAAAUAACUUUUCCUGGCUAUUACUUUUUUUUUUUUUUUACAAAUGUUUAAUUAAAAUUCUGAUAUAAAAA